AUGUCGAGCGAGGCAUACCGACGAGACCCACACCGCUACAGGCGGAGGGACUGGGAGGAAACCAACUUGGAGCCACCGGAGUUUGAGGUGGAGCUCCCGGGGCAGAUGCCCGACAUCCAUCAAGGUGACCCGUCCCCGCCGGCCUCACAGCCGGCGUCGCUGACCUUGCGAGUGAGGCCCGGGACGUCGCAGAACCAGAUGCGUCUAGGCGGAACACCGCCGCUGCCUACUGCCAAGGCGAUGCGGCCUUCGAGCUCCGGAGGAGAUCCGGCGCUUCAGCCCUUGCCCUUCUCGGUAACUUUGAAGGGGGCAGGACACCGGCGGCAGUCGCCAGGAAAUCUGGGGGAUAGCUCCGUUGGCCGGCGCUACAGCGAUAGAGACGAGCAAGGACGUCGCGGGAUCCGAUGGGUUGAGGAUGUCGCCCGGCACUACCGCAUCGCAGGAAGCGUGAUGCCCUCGUGUCACGCGGGUAUGGAAAUUAGGCAUGCCAGCCGCGCGACCGUGGAUCAGGACGCCUCCUCCGAGACGUUUGUGGUGAAGCUGCGCUACAAGAACAAGAGCUUCCAGGGGAAGAAUGAGGAGUCCAGGUGGCGAAACAACACCGAACUCAUCCUGAACAUGCCUCAGACCAACGGAAUAGCACGCCUCAUCGAUGUCCUGGAGGACACCAAGGCGUAUUACGUCAUCAUGGAGCGAGCCGGAGGCUGUGAUUUGUACGAGUGCCUCUCCGGAGCACCGGAGCGGCGGCUGCCUGCCAGCGAAGCCCGGGAGGUGCUCAAGGAGCUCCUGGCGGCAGUUGCGGAACUCCAUUCUCAUGGCUUCAUCCACAAGGACCUGAAGCUGGAGAAUGUCAUGCUCAAUCGCCCAGGGCCAAAGUGUCCUUCGCACAUUCGGCGGAACCUGGCGACCAGUCCUGGCGCAGGAGUGAAGUUGAUUGACUUUGACACGGUUGAAGAGUGGAACUCUACGGGUCCAAAGUCCAGACACGUGCUGGGCACGGACCAGUACAUUGCCCCCGAGGCUUACGAAGGCAAAUACUCGCCGGCCUCGGACAUUUUUGCGGUUGGCGUGAUCGCCUUCAAGAUGCUCACAGGCUCCUUCCCAUACAACGGCCGGCUGUUCGAUGACAAGCCUGGUGAGAACUGGGUGGGUUCGCCCAAGAUGAAAGAGAUCAAGCAGAAGCUGUGCGACGCCAGGGUCAGCUUUAGCCACCCCGUCUUCGAAAAGGAUCCGGGGGCGCAACGGCUUGUCUCCAGAAUGCUGGCAGUUGAGGAGAAGGAUCGACCAGAUGCCCAGGAGCUGAAGCACCUGACUGCUUCCAUGAGUCGCUCCAUGGCCACCACUUCGCUGUGCUUCGGGUUGGGGGCCUGUGGGUGCUUCACCUGGCUGGCGGCCCGGCGCCCCAAGGCGGGCUCCGUGGGCCAACCGCAGACGCCUCCUCUGAUCGAAUACUCCCCGAAGGCCAUCGAGGGCUCCGGCGGGCGGAAGAUGCGGCGCCUGGUGCUGCGGGAGGCCAACGUGGACAUCAGCCAGGCGAAGAUCGAGGUGGAGGAAGUGGAGGUGCCAAAGGCGCCGUGGGGCCACGUCUUGGUGAAGGUGGCGGCGGCGCCGGUGAACCCCUCGGACGACGGCACCUGGAAGCUUCCGCCCUCCCAGGGCUAUCCCAUGGCGCUUGGCAACGAGGGCUCCGGCAGGGUGGUGGCCAGUGGCGGCGGCGUGGUGGCAGGCCGACUGGUGGGCCGAGAGGUGGCCUUCUUUGGCAAGUCCUUUUCCCAGUACGCGGUGGCAGACGCCAUGACCUGCAGCAAGCUGCCGACAGACGUGCCGGUGGAGGAUGGGUGCGCCUUCUACAUCAAUCCCUUCACGGUGGUUUGCAUGGUGGAGGCCGUGAAGUCUCAGAAGGGGCGCGCCUUCAUCCACACAGCAGCUGCCUCCCAGCUGGGGCAGAUGAUGGUGAAGUACUGCCAGACGGAGAAGAUGCAGCUGGUGAACCUCGUGCGUCGUAAGGAGCAGGCGGAGGUCUUGCGGAACCUGGGCGCGGAGUUCGUGGUGGACACCUCGCAGGCCGAUUGGAAGGCCACCCUCCGGGGCCUCAUCGAACAGCUGCAGAUUCGCCACGCCUUUGACUGCAUCGCCGGGGAUAUGCCGGGGACGCUGCUGCCGCUGCUGCCGCCGGGGAGCACCGUGUGGGUCUACGGGCGCCUGCAAGGGGCGCUCAGCGGCAUUGACCCUGUGGAGCUCAUGUACCGCCAGAAGAAGUUGGAGGGCUUCCUCCUGACCACCUCACUCUUCAAGGGCGGCUGGCUGGCCACUUUCCGGCGCUUCAAGCGCGCCGCCGGCCAGGUCUGCAAGGGUCUGACCACCACCUUCGCCUCCGAGUUCCGAGAUGUGUCCUUGGAGGACAUGCAGCGGGUCUAUGUGCAGCACAAGGCUUCGGGCGCCACUGGCGCCAAGAUCCGAGUGAGGCCGUAG